AGUCGCCGCCGUAUUGCACGGCACAGAGUUCGCAUUUUUCAAUUUUUAUUCGGCUGCCCGCUAACAACGAAUUCGGUUCGACUCGUCCCGCUAAAAAUCAAAAAAAAAAUUCUAAAAUUCAAAAAAAGAAUUCUUUUUCCAGAAAACAAAAACACCCAAGAAUAUAUGAAACUAUGAAAUAAAGUAGAAAAGGGAUUACAAGACCCCAUAAACCGUUAGGCCAUAAAAAUAAUAGAGUAUCGUAAAAGCUCUAUAGAAAGCGCGUGCAGUUUUGGUAAUCGAUGAUACGGUUUUGAACUCGUGCAAUCCCGUAAUCUCUAUGGCCGGACAAUUGCAACUGUAACCUACAAAAACAACAUAAAUUGUCAACAAAGUAAUUAAAAAGAUUCGCCAACUCAGGCAAAAAAACAAGAACAACAACUCUUUUGAAAAUCCAAAAAAAAUUAAUAAAAAAGAGAGUGCGUCAAGUGCAAUAAAUUAAUUAAGAAAUAAAAGCAAAGCAUUUAAGCAUUAUUGCCAAAAGUUUGCAACAUGCAACAGAGCUAGGAACAGCAUUAAGCUCACACCCACUUCCACAGGAGUAGGAGGAGAAGGAGACCUGGUGUGGACGUAACCAGAGUAUUUUAGCCCGGGGGCUAUAGUCAUCACACCAAAGCAUACAAAAUGGUACACGGACCGCCGGCACGCAGAAAAUCACAGCAGCAGCAGCAGCAACAAAAUGCUCCAUGCGAAAUGGAGCUGGAGCCACAGCCCACUCCGCCGGACGGAGGAUGGGGCUGGGUGGUGGUCUUUGGCUCCUUUAUGAUCCACAUUGUCACCGAUGGCAUGACCUAUUCCUUUGGCAUUUUCUACAAUGAGUUUCUGGAGUACUUCAACGAGGGCAAAGGUUAUACGGCCUGGAUAGCCUCGAUAAUGGUCGGUGUGACCUUCUCAUCGGGACCCAUUAGCUCUUCCUUUGUGAACCGCUAUGGCUGUCGAGCCGUGACCAUUGCUGGGUCCAUUCUGGCAGCCAGUUGCAUCAUCGUCAGCAUGUUCGCCCAGAAUGUCCUCACCCUGAUCAUCACCAUUGGCUUCGGCACGGGUCUGGGCUUCGGUCUCAUCUACCUGCCGGCCAUUGUCAGUGUGACGCAGUACUUCGAGGCCAAGAGAUCCCUCGCUACGGGAAUCGCUGUCUGCGGCUCGGGAUUCGGCACCUUUGUCUUUGCCCCGUUGACAAAGUAUCUCAUCGAGAGCUUUGGCUGGCGGGGAGCCAUGCUAAUCAUCGGAGGGAUCGUGCUGAACUGCAUCAUUUUCGGAGCAAUGUUCCGGCCACUGGAAGUGGAGGUGGGACCUUCGCAGACGCCGCCCAAUACUCCGAGUACUCCCAAUCUGGGCAAGAAGUCGGCCAUCAUUGAUGAGAACACCACGCCGGCAGAACUGGAGCCGCUGAAGAUCUUACCUAAGACGGAUCAGUACUUGCAACUGCCGCAGGGCGGGGCUGGAACAGGAGCCGGAGCAGGACUCUGUCGCUCCAAUAGUGUGGGCCACAACCUGAAGCCCACUAGUCUGAACAACAACUCGAAUGGAGCCAUCAAUGGCCAGGGACCCACCACCCUGGUGACCCCGCCCACUGCCGCAGCGGUGACCAAGAGCACCAGCAACGAUGACAUUGCUCGUAAGUGCCACAGCCAGUUGCAACUGACUCCGCUGAGGGAUGCCCAUCGGAGUGCCAGUGGCACUAUGUACCGCCCAGAUGCCCUCUACCAGGGUUCCCUUCACAAUAUCCCCGAUUAUGUGAGUUCCAGGAACGAUCUGAACAGGUCCAUCUCCGGUUCGGGGGUUAUCAAGCGUUAUGGAUCACUGCGUCAAAGCAACAACAUAUCCCAAAGUCAGGAAGUAGCCAAAUGCUGCGGCUGCAUCACCUGCUCUAAGGAGACUCGCGACACCUUCGCCGAGAUGAUGAACUUCUCGCUGCUCAAGGACGUGGUCUUUGUCAUCUUCUCCGUGUCCAACUUCUGCACCAGCAUCGGCUUCAAUGUCCCCUACCUGUAUGUGGCGGCCUAUGCCGAGAUCCUGAAGCUGAGCAAGUCGGAGGCCAGCUACCUGAUUGCCACCAUCGGAGUGGCCAACACAGUGGGCAGGAUAGUGCUGGGAUAUAUCUCGGACAAGCCCUGGGUGAAUCGUCUCCUCGUCUACAAUGUCUGCCUGACAGCCUGCGGUGUGGCCACUGCCAUGGUGCCAUUGUGCCUGAACUAUCAGACCCUGACUUUGUAUUGCGUGGUCUUUGGCUUCACCAUUGGCGCCUAUGUGGGUCUCACCUCGGUGAUCCUGGUGGAUCUCUUGGGUCUCGAUAAGCUCACCAAUGCCUUUGGCCUUCUGCUGCUCUUCCAGGGAAUCGCCAGCUUUAUCGGCCCACCCAUUGGAGGUUGGUUGUUCGACCUCACGGGGUCGUACUCCCCGGCAUUCCUGAUGGCCGGACUGAUGAUAGCCAUCAGUGGCCUCGUGAUGUUCGUCAUUCCGCCGCUCCAGCGUUUCCAGGCCCGUAAAUCGGAGCAGAAACAUCACGCCGAGCACCUAGCCUUAAGUUAGUUAUCCUCCGGACAGGACUCCCUAUCCUUUCGGUUUUUUUUUUUUUAUAAAACCAUCCCUGUUUUUUUUUUGUUUUUGUACCAUAAACUAUAAAGAUAUAUAACAUCUUGCAUACGAUUAGUUAAGGCCCUAGACAUCAUGAGAGAUAAUUUAUGUAAAAGAAAAGAUAUGUGUGUCUGUUCUAGAGCAAUUAUAGUUAUCCUGAUACGACUGUGCGUGUAUAUAGUCCUCCAGCCAUUAUAUAUAUAUAUAUGCGCCAUUAAAGCUUUUCCACAAAAAAAACGUAGAGUUGUAUUGGAAAUCGAUUCGAGGGAAAACCACAUAUGGUUUUAAAUAUUUCAACAGGCUAAGUAUACGACUAAAUGGGGAACAAAAAAGUUGCUGGAGAAGAAAAACGUUUUUUUUUUUGUAGCUAAAAAUAAAAUAUAAAUUUAAACUCUAAUUGUAAAUCAAACGUAUUUUUUUAUAUAUACUCUAAAUGUGUAAAGAAAACCCAAACAAUAAACUUUAUUCGUUAAACUUUGUAAAGUCAA